AAAUUUCAUUUUAAAAUGAAUAUUUUCGCUUGGUUGACCAAAAGGGAAUUAAUUUUUUUUGACGAGCCGCCAGCAACAGGCGGAGGUGUGGUUAAAAUGUCAUAUAAUGCAUUACCGAUGCUUGCCAACAAUUACCUUCAUUCCUCUGGGGAAGUUGCCUGCCAAUAUCCCGCCCUCAAGCCAUUCACUGAAAAUGGUCUAUUCGAUUUUGAGCGAUUAGCCAAAUUCUUUGAAUCGAACAAGUCUGAGCGUAUCGAAGAGCAUCGUCAAAUUUUGGGACUCGCUAUUAUGGUGCAGUUUAUGACAGAAGAGCUGGAUGCCUUUGCCUGCAGAGAGACCAAAGAUCAAUGCGCCCGUGCCAAGGGCACACUAGAUGAGACAAUUACUUUGUUACAACAGACGCAGCGUAGCUGCAAGGACCUGCGUCAGGAGUUACACAACAAGGAUCUAGAAUGGACGCAGCGUGAACAGGAAAGAGAUCAUUUGCAGCGCAAUCAAUUAAAGCAAUCCGAAGAGAAACUUUUGGAAAUGCAAAUGAUUGCCCAGGAACGUUUUCAAGAACUCAAAGCCCAAAUGGCUGUUAAAGAGGCAGAAACUAAGCAAGCACAAGAGGCUUAUCAUACGGAGAUGAAUCAUAAAUUAAAUCUCAAGCAGGAGCAGUUAACAUCUGCCGAGGAGAAAAUAUUAAAGCUACAGCAACGCAUACAAAAUCUGGAGACUCAAGAUCAGGAGUUGCGUGAUGAAAUUAGUCGAAAGGAGAAGAGUCAUGCCAGUGAAUUGGCAGCCAGUGCCCAGCGUGAGGAGGAACUGCAGCAAAGGGUGAGAACUCUUACCAAGGAGCUGAGCUCACUGAGUGCCAGCAAAGAGAACAAUGAACGGGAACUGAGAGAUCGUUUGGCUCUGUCAGAGGAUGAGAUCUCCAUUUUGAGACACACAUCACAGAGACGUAGUCCAAGUACCAGUCUGCCCGAUACCAAUGCCGAACUGAGGCGUCUAACCAGCGAGGCUGAUAGCCUGCGUUGUGUAUUGGAGCUGAAGCAGGCAGAGAUAUCCACACUAACCAAAGCCAAUGAGGAUCUCAGGCGGGAGAAUGAUGAGCGCAUGCGACUGAGCAGUCGUGUGACUUUUCUUGAAGCCCAGAAUGAGAUGCUGCGCACCGAACUGGACACCAAGACGGAGAGGGAAAAAUCAUUGCAAUUGAAAAUGGAUGAGAUGCGUAAAGCAUACGAUCAUGAGAAUAUCAAACGAUCCCGUCUUACCUGUGACAAAGAGGUGCUGGAAUAUCAUCUGAAGCAGCGGUCAGAGCGACUGCAGCAGGUCGAGGCUAAAUUGCAAGAGGUCUCUCAGGAUAUUGGUCUGCACUUAAGCUCACAUAGCCGCUGCUCGCUGGGGCGCAGCUGUGGAAAUGUUGAAGAUGGCGAUGCCAUCUCAUCGCCACCUUCGUCGCCUGUGAUCAAGGGAGUGAUCGAGCGCAACGAAUCGGUUAGCUGGAUUCUGGACAUGGAUGACGAUGUACCCAAAGUGCCAGCACCCAAAAUUGUACGUAGGGCUGGCUCCUUGCGCAACACUAGCGAACGUAGCCCCACCCAGCGACGACAAUUGUCGAUGAGUGCCACAACAAAUGGCAGUGCCCACCAUCAUACACACAAUGGCGCAGGAGGUGGCUCUGGAGCUGGACCCAAUCCACUCUCGCAAAGCAUGUCGGCGGCGGCUUUGCUGCGUAGCAAUCAUUCCAUUUCAAGCGACAUUGAAAAUGGCGUUGGUCAGCCGUUAUCUCGUACUAGAUCCCAUUCAGUAUGCAUCAGAGCUUCAUCAUCAUCCUCUUCAUCUUCGGAUGCAGCAGCAGUAGCAGCAGCGGAAAACGAGAAUGGUCGUCGUCAGCGCAUUGAAGAUGAGGAACUGCUAAUGCCCGAAUGGAAUGCAGAUCUCCUGUGCUCGAGUUCACCACAACAUCAAACGGAUAUGCGUCCGCGCUCCUCCACCAUGAAAUUAACUCCCCGUGAUGCUAAGCUUUCCAAAAAGUUCCAGGAGAUUCAAGAGUCUGCUGGCGAGGCCAUGGUCUCCGGUGCCAAUUCGGAAGAUGAAAGUUGCUCAGCCUCAUCGGAGGAAAUGAUGCGCAGCUCCUCAGCAUCGAGCACGACAUCGGGUAAUGGCGUUGGUUGUGGUGGGGGCGGUGGCGAUGCUGGUCGACCCAAGCAACCACUUUCCCGCAUGUCCAUUGAAGAAGCUCUACCCUGCACACCGAUGGAAGUCAGCUGGUCCGAAGAUGCCGCCGAUGCGGCCGAUGUCGAUAGCACGGGAGCAACUCCAGCCGCCGUGCGGGCAUGACAGCCGCCAGGCGAUGUCCACAGAUUGGGAGGAGGCCACGGCAUGGGUGUUGGCUAUGAGGAACGUGCCGUUAUCGAGCAAAUAGCCAUAGCCGAGACAGCCGAAGAGGCCUAUGAGUUAACCGCCGCCGACGCCUAUGC